CUGAUGGCAUUGGCGUUUCUCCGGUGGAUCUUCAGAAUCCUGAUGGUCCUGAUCGUCUUUCAGGGUGUGUUUGUGAUGUUUUAUUACACACCUGGCACACACUCAUCCAGAGAUGGGAUGACGGACACGCUUCAGCUGCUGCGCUGCGCUAAACUCAGACACAAGUUUUCUAUUAUUAAACCGGCCAAAAGUUUAAACCUGGAGAGCUUCACGCAGGAGCUGUCAGAUUUCAUGAGCUGCCCGUACAAAUCAAACACAACCGAGCGCGAGCUGAACAGAAUGAAGCUGCAGUUUUGCUGUAAUGCCACGCGAUCGUUAUUCCUCACCAAACGCAACACAGCCGUCAAUCAGACCAUCCCGUAUGAGACGAGCACUAUAAGCACAUACACAAUGAAUGACACCCUACACAGCAUGCUGCCUGAGGAUUUCCCCUGGAGCGGUCGUCGUCUGGGUCGGUGUGCAGUGGUUGGCAGUGGUGGGAUUCUGAAGAACAGCAGCUGUGGACGUGAGAUCGACAGCGCAGACUUCGUCAUACGGUUUAAUUUGGCGUCGAUUAAUGACAGUGAUGUUGGGCUGAAGACGGAUCUGGUGACCAUCAACCCCAGUCAGAUUCAGAGAGAAUACAAAGACCUGGAGAAGAAACCGAACCCAUUGGUGAAGCGGGUCAGUGUGUACGGAAACGCCUCCCUCAUUAUGCCCGCCUUUGCCUACACCUUCUGCACUGGACUGUCAAUCAGAACUCUCAAAGCCCUCCAUCCAAUCAGACCUCAGCAGCCGGUGGUGUUCUUCAGCCCGUAUUACCUGCAGACACUGGACCGUUUCUGGAAGGGGCGUGGCCUGAAGUCGAUCCGCCUCUCCACUGGGUUUAUGUUAAUUAGCGCGGCGCUAGAAGUGUGUGAGCAUGUGCAUGUUUAUGGAUUCUGGCCGUUUGACACCGACCUGCAGGACAAUCCGGUUCCGUAUCAUUAUUACGACCUAAGAAGACCAAGCAAACGCAUGCACAAAAUGCCGGAGGAGUUUGUGCGUCUUCUGCAGCUCCACAGCCAGGGGGCGCUGACACUGCACCUGCAGCCCUGCUCCUCAGACGCAAGCUGA